AAUUUGCCCGCGUCUACUACCCCGGCCAACGAAACCUGUUUAGACCAAGUAAUGGCAGAGGCUCCGACGAAACUAACGUUCUUUCCCGACAAGUCGUGGCGACACUUCGUGGCUGGAGGUGUGGGGGGAAUGUGUGGGGCAAUUGUCACUAGUCCUUUUGACGUGGUCAAGACAAGACUGCAAUCCAGCCUAUUUCGCGAAAAAAAUGUCUCCAUGGCAGGUGUGAGUGGGGCUGGGGCGGCUGCCUAUGCUCCACGACCAAAUUUAUUUUACAACUUCAUUGAAACUGGCCAUAUUAUUCGGGAUAUAUAUCGAGAAGAGUCGCCAAGAGCCUUGUUCAAAGGUCUGGGACCCACCCUUGUCGGCGUAGUGCCUGCGAGGUCUAUCAACUUCUUCGUAUACGGAAACGGGAAACAAAUAAUUGCCAACAACUUUAACCAGGGCCAAGAGAACACUUUCGUGCAUCUAACUGCUGCUGCGACUGCUGGAAUUGCAACUGGAACGGCCACGAAUCCAAUUUGGGUCGUUAAAACGCGUCUACAACUACAAUCCGAUGCCGCACGAAGCACAGGAAAGGCCAUUGGUGCCAGUCUAGGAACAAUACGAACGAUACUACAUGAAGAGGGCAUACGGGGCUUCUACAAGGGACUUAGCGCGAGUUACCUUGGUGUUACGGAAAGCACCAUCCAAUGGGUGCUCUAUGAGCGCUUGAAGCGCUUAACUGCUGGGACCGAUUUAGAAUGGCUCGGAAUGGUGGGCGGCGCUGGGGCAGCCAAAUGCGUGGCAACCCUAAUAACAUAUCCUCAUGAGGUCAUCCGAACGAGGCUGCGGCAACCCAAAGUUGACGGGGUCAUGAAAUACACCGGCCUUGUCCAAACGUUCCGCCUCGUUCUCGCUGAGGAAGGCGCAAGGUCAAUGUACAGUGGUCUGAGCGCCCACCUAAUGCGUGUUGUCCCAAACGCGGCGAUUAUGUACUCAAUAUACGAAUUCAUCCUUAGCUGGGACAAAAAGUGA